CCCAGCCAAUGGCACUGCAGUAUCUUAACACGUCAAAGAGUCAAAGGUUACAGCGAUGGACGCCACCCAAAUGUAAACACCCUGUUCUGUUGGAGGACAGCUCACGGAUAUGAGGCUUUUAUCGAAGGCAGUGCAGGGAGCAGUGAGCCGCAGGCAUUUCUGGGGAUGGCUCAAUGCAGUUUUCAACAAGGUGGACUACGAGAGGAUCAAAGCUGUUGGCCCGGACCGAGCCGCAGCAGAGUGGCUGCUGAGAUGUGGUGCAAAAGUCAGGUUCCAAGGUUUCGAACGCUGGCAUCACGACUACAACGGACUGCCGACUGGGCCUCUGGGCAGAUACAAGAUCCAGGGGAUUGACGCUACCGAAUCCUGCAUCAUGUACAGGGGGUUUGACCACCUGGAUGGUUUGAAAUACGUGGAGGAAAUCAAGUUGAACAAGUGCAUCUACAUUGAAGACGCCUGCCUGGAGAGGCUGAGCUCAAUAGAGAAUCUGCAGGAGAGCUUGUACAUGAUGGAGGUGGUGUCGUGUGGAAAUGUAACCGAUAAGGGCGUCAUCGCCCUGCACAAACUCAGGAAUCUGGAGUAUCUGUUUCUCAGUGACCUGCCGGGAAUCAAAGACAAACAGACGACAGCCGACAGGCUACAGACAGCACUUCCACGUCUGGACAUAGCGCUGGACCUGGACUGACAGCUUCUUGCUUUCUAGAGCACGUUAAAAUUGUAAUGUAUGGACGCCGUUGAAAGAUUUCCAAAGUAAAAGACCCCAUCUUGUAGAAGGAAAGACUGGAGUGUGUAGGGCUGGGAUCGUCCAAGAAGCAGAUCCGUCAGCUCAAAUGUGUGAAGUGUAUUUACAUGCAAAUGUGAUUAUGUGCGCCAUUCAUUAUGUUCAAGUCUUUCUUCAAGGAGAUAGUGCAGAGCAAGGUCUGGGUUAAUGGGAAAUAUUUAAUAUGACUGAGCGUUAAAGAAACAGUCCAGCAAAGAGAGAGGUCAAAGCACUUUAUAUUGUUGACUCCAUUUUUUUUUUUUUUUUGAUAGAAUAAACCUUUCUUUACUUUAUUAUACUCUCAACAUUCAAGGUAAUAAAAAUGACUCCAUAUGGGGGUACACAGAGAAAAACGAUUUGUGAAAAUGCUGAAGAUUUCGAGGAUUCAAGAGUCUUUUAAAUCAUUUCUCUUUAGAUUAAUUUGGCAUUUGUACAAUAUCUGAGGACAGACAGAUGGCUGAAAACAUCCUUAGCACCAAAGUUCCAGAGAUAAUGAGUACAACGUGGUAUUGUUACUGCUAAAUGCUAGUGAAGGUAGGUUAAGGGAAUGUUUAUGACUGUAUUCGCUACUGACGUCAAUAAAUAUGUUCAGAAAAUG